AUGGCGCCUGCGAAGAGAGCUGCCAAAUUCCAGUCAAAGACCGGCACCGCCGCCAAGGACGGGAACGGAAAGCUUCCCGCACCGUUCAAGAAGCCCUCCGAGGUCCUCCAACCCUUCAUCGACACGCUCUCCCCCAAGCAUGUCUACAUCACCCAUAUCGACAACCACCCUGCCGACUUCAAGCGCAAAAUCUUUGUUGUCCCCGUGCUCAUGAACAUUGCCAUUGUCGGCCUGUUCUGUCUCCGUGUCUGGUGGAUUGUGCCCUACUACAUCCAGCUCCUGGCCAACGGUCUUGGCCAAGUGAACGAGACAACCCUCAAGGUCGAAGAGGCGUCGUGGUCCGACCUGGCUUGGGAGAUUGGUGGCAGGGCGCUCAACUUCUUCUUCGACUUUAUCCUAGUGGUAUUUGUCUGGCCCUGGCCCCUCGAGUUCGCGGCAGGAUGGAAGCAUGGAAACCCUUGCCAGUGGCGCUGGGUCGUCGGCUUUCGCCAGCAGGAGAUCUACGUUCGCCGCUCUCGAGAGUGGGACAGUGCGCUGGGUGACAUUUUUCUGGGCAAGGACUCGAUGAAGAUCCUGACCCAUUACAUCGCCGACGCAACAAACCCAAUGCGCCAGGAGCAAAAGACGGGCUACCUCCUCAUGAAUGGACAGUGGGACCUCGACUGGGCCGGCAUGAUCGCAGCACACACGCUUGUGGACAAGAAGGAGAUUGCCAUUCAAGCUUUCAAUACCAUUGUCCUGAUCCACACCGAAGAGCACGGCUGGCUGCAGUACGACGUGAAGAAGCAGGCGUCCACAGCCGAGGAUGCGAAGCGGAGGCAGCUGUUUGCGUUCAGGGACGCGUUGACACGGCUGGGGAAAGAGGAUCUCUUCUACCGAUGGGUGGAGCUCGUGCAGUACGAGGCCGACGCGCCGGGUGGGUUUAGCAAGGAGAAGCAGGACAAGGCGGCGAGCAAAAUCCGGGAGCUGUUUGAGAAGGAGGGUGUUGACUUUGAUCAGUUAUGGCGGGAUACUGUUGAUGCGGUUGAUGCGUCGGCGCAGGUUUGA